CAGAAUGUCGACUAAUGGGGAGUAUGACUGCAUAGUGAUCGGGGCCGGGGUUCAGGGCUCCUUUACAGCCUACCAGCUGGCCAAAAAGAAACAGAGGACUCUUCUGCUGGAGCAGUUUGUCCUGCCCCACACCCGAGGAAGCUCCCAUGGCCAGACCCGCAUCAUUCGCAAGGCCUAUGAGCAGGACUUCUACACCCACAUGAUGGAGGAGUGCUACCAGCUGUGGGCCCAGCUAGAGAGGGAGGCAGGUGUCAAACUGUACAGACAAACAGGGCUCCUGGUGAUGGGACCAGAGAACAGCCAGAGUUACCAGCUGUUUAAGAACACUCUUCAGAGGAACAAGGUUCCUAUCAUGAUCCUUAACAGUGACAAUUUCAGCCAACACAUCCCCCAUGUCGCCCUGGCAGAGGGAGACGAAGCGGUGGUGGACAUAACUGCUGGAGUUCUGUAUGCCGACCGUGCACUCAAGGCUGUACAGGGGCAGUUCCAGAAGUUGGGUGGGAUCAUAAGAGACAAAGAGAAGGUAAUGGACAUAAAGCCUGGCCCUGUUGUGACAGUCUCAACAUCUGACGGCGUUUAUCGAGCCAAGCGUGUGGUGAUAACUGCUGGACCAUGGGCUAAUAGACUGUUGGCCCACACCGGCUUACAGUUGCCACUUGAGGUGGUGAAGAUCAAUGUGUGCUACUGGAAAGAGAAGGUUCCCGGAACAUACAACGUGAAGCAACGCUUUCCCUGCUUCCUGCUGACUGAGGGCAAGGAGGCCAACGAGCACAUCUAUGGCCUCCCCUCCAAUGAGUACCCAGGCUUGGUGAAGAUAUGCUACCAUAUGGGCAGUGAGACAGACCCAGACCAGAGAGACAAGCAGACAGACAGGUCUGAUAUUGUCAUCCUCAAGCGCUGCAUCACCCGCUGUUUACCUGGCCUGGUCCCUGAACCUGCGGUGGUGGAGAGCUGCAUGUACACGCUAACGCCUGACCGUCAUUUUGUGCUGGACUGCCACCCCACCUACAGCAACAUUGUGGUUGGAGCAGGAUUUUCAGGUCAUGGCUUCAAGUUUGGACCAAUCAUUGGCAAGCUCCUGAGUGAACUCAGCCUGGGAGAAGUGCCCUCCUAUGACCUCUCACCUUUCCGAAUCAGACGCUUCCAGGCAAUGACCAAAUCAGCUUUAUAGAGCUGGGAAUAUUGAGAGCAUCAACAGAGCAUCACAGAGUCUUAUCUGAUUGUCAUUGUAAUAUGAUUUGAUGCUGUCUUGGUAAUUUAGCCCCACCUUGUUAAUCACAAUUAGACAAUAACAUAUGUUUUGUAUGCCACUUUAUUUGAUGUGAUCAGUUUAGUUUCCAAUUCCAUAUGGUGUAAUCAGCUGUUGGCACUCAGCCAUCAUGAAAAUAAGUGGGCCCUAUGUUACACCCAGCACAAAGCCACAGACAGUGCAGUGUACUUGCUCCCAUCUGUGUACCCAUGGGUGGGUAGGUCUUAAAAUGAAGUGUCGUCAGGAUUUGUCAGAUUCCUAUUUUGAGGCAGCAGAAAGUCAAAAUGAAGGAGUAUUUUCUGAUUUUUUAAAGGGCUCAUCAUUCAGAUAGUAAAAUGCACUUACAUAGGUGGGUUCAGGUCGGCAGGUGGGUGAAAUAAUAAAUCAUUUUAAUCAUU